AUGGAGCAGUUUCUUGCAAGUGGUCAAAAGUACUGCCUGGUAUGCAAUACCUUGCGCUGGUUUAAAAUUAGCCGUUUUGGAUGUGUUUUUGCAUGUCGUUGUCCUGGUUGUUUUAUUGACUUUCGAAAUGUUCUUCGUGAUUAUGUGAAUGCCGUUAACUUAGGGGAAAGACAGGUGGAAUUCGUCCCUGUCAUCUCUGGACGUGUCUCAACAGAACAUAUGAAGAUAGCGCAGGUGGAAUUAGAUUUAUUGGAAAAAGCAGUUUGUUUGCGAUUUAUGAACACAACAUCAGAAGAUGCACUUCAAAUUGUAAGUGGUUUACCCAAUAGUUUGGGGCAAUGGGUUGCCACUGUAGAUGGAUACUUUCGUUUUCCUAUGGAAAGUCUUGAUCUCUUGCUUCAUGAAUUGAAAAUGGCAUCUGACGUUAAUGGUGAUCCUCUCUACAUAAAUGAACCAUCUCAACGUUCAUUGGAAAUUGCUUCCACUUCAAAUACACAAAGAAAUUUUUCUUUAUCUGAAUUAUUACCAGCAAGACUUUUUUCUGCAUUACAUCAACAUCAAAUUGAUGGGAUUUGUAGAGCUUUAAUGUUUGAUGGACGUGUACUAUUUGCUGAUGAGAUGGGAGUAGGGAAAACACUUCAAGCUAUUGGAACUGUAGCAGCACUUAAGGCAUUUCCUACACUUGUUGUAUGUCCAGCUGCUCUACGACAUCUUUGGGUAGAAGAAUUUGAAAAAUGGCUUACAGAUGUUAUUGAACUUGAUGAUAUUCAUAUUAUAAGUUCUUCUAGUAAUUUUCUUUCUAUUAAAGAUACACCUAAAGUGGUUAUAACAAGUUUUCAUAUGGCUGCAAUACUUGCUACUCAAAUGAAGAGUCGAGUUUGGAAAUGUAUUGUAGUAGAUGAAAGUCAUACCCUUCAUACAACCCUUGAAGCCUAUACGGAUGCCCAAUAUACUUCAUUAUUAUGUGAUAUUGGAAAACGUUCAAGGUAUUGUUUGUUUCUUAGUGGAACACCAUCCUUAACAUCACCUUUUGAUCUUUUUAAUCAAAUUGAUACUAUUUCUCCUGGAUUACUUGGAAGAAAUAGGUGUGAAUUUGCUUUACGAUAUUGUCGAACAGAAUUUUCACCAUAUUUCAGAGUUUGGGAAUCUACUCGUGGUGUGGAAUUGUAUUCUCUACUUGCAUCUACAUGUAUGAUUCGACGUUUAAAAUCAGAAAUUCUCACAGAUUUACCUUCUAAACAACGUGUUUUACUUCGUGUACCAGAGAAAGUACUUAAUAUACAAGAAAAAGGAAAUUCGUUUCAAGAAAAAUAUGCAACUAGUUGGAGAAAAAAAAGUGAUAAAAUUAUAGAAGUAGUGGAUUAUGUUUUAACAAAGUAUACUAAAGUUGUUAUAUUUGCUCAUCAUAUUAAAUUAUUAGAUUGUCUAACUAAACAUAUUAAUGAAAAAAAAUAUACUUGGAUACGUAUAGACGGAAGUACACCUGUAUCAUCAAGAGCUACUUCACUAUCAUUAUUUAAUAAUGGAGAUAUUCGAGUAGCCAUUAUUGGAAUUACAGCUUGUGCUGUUGGGAUUCAUUUAACAGGAGCAUCUUGUGCAUUAUUUGCGGAAUUACCUCCAGAUGUUACUUGGAUGCAACAAGCAGAAGAUCGUCUUCAUCGUCCUGGACAAGAAAAGAGAGUUAUUUUUUUUUACAUCAUUGGUUCUGGAUCUUUCUUUGAUGGAGAACUCUUUGCACGUCUUUGUCGUUCCUUUCAGGCAGUGAGACAAGCUACUGAUGGGGUUUCAUCUUCUUUAACAGCAAGUUAUGCUAGUCAUGCCGUAUCCUUGAGUGAUGAGGUGAUGGAUGUAAACACCAUAACUGGUAGGUAUGCAGGAACUUCCUUACAUCUUACAACCUCAGCCUCACUUCUUUUUCGUAUUAGUCCUAAUACUGGAAGAAUUCAUGUUUCUCAAGCAAAAAAAUAUCUUACGAGUCUAUCUAUUGAUGAAGCACAACAACACUGGAGUUUAAGUGAUGAUUUUUCACGUCAAUUAACACAAUUUAUGUUAAAUAUAGAAAAGUUAUCUUCUUAUGAGUAUCGUAGAUUAAAGUUUUCUGCUCGUUGGUUUCCAUCAGAUUUUACAUGGAAACCUGAAAAAAAUGAACGAAAAACUGCUUUUCGCUAUAGUCACGAAAAACCCUUAUUGGGUAGAGUGUUUUUUUGGAAAGUUAAUCGACGUCAUAAUUAUUCUACACAUUCCUAUGGUGCUCUACUUUCAUCAUCCGGAGGAUCUUAUAAACCAUUAUGUUUGGAAUGUGAACAUCCUUUAUCUUGUACAUUAACUAUAUCCCCAGGAGAUAUUGUACACACCGAUCAUGAUACCGAUAUGUUCUGUGGUGGUUCCUGUCGAGAAGCAUUUUAUAUAAAACGCUCUGGAUUUGCCGUUCGGAGAAGUGUUCGAGAAGCGGAUAAAGGUAUUUGUUCAUGUUGUCAAGUAGAUUGUGAAACAUUAUGUGCACUUGUUGCUGUUGCGACUACACGUAAAGACAGAGAAUCUAUUAUUGACCAAAUGCAUCCACACAUGCGACAUUAUCCAAAUUUAUUUAACCGAAUUGUUGAACAUCCUGUUCCUGGAAAUGUCUGGAAUGCUGAUCACAUUUUACCAGUAAGUCAAGGAGGAGGUGAGGCUAGUAUGGAUAAUUUACAGACACUUUGUGUGGCCUGUCAUUUAGAAAAGACGAUAAGUGAAAGUAAAAUGAAACAUAAAUACAUCACGAAAGAAUCACAUCGUACAACAGUUGAUGUUUCGAGUGGUCACUUUGCUUUCAAAGCGACGCGACGUGUAACGGCAGCGCGUGUGCAAUGUACACAAGAUCUGCUUUCUUUUUCUUCUAAGGAUACAUAUUUUUUUUUUUUCUUUUGUCAUUUUUUUUUUUCUUGUUGUCCAUUUUGUGUUAUGAAAGUGCCCUUUUUUUUAUAUUAUUGA